AUGUCUGUGAGCAAUCAUCCAAAGGCCUACGGUACUGCGGCCGUCACGUUCGCAUUCGUCGCCGGCGUCCUUUUCACGCUGGGCUUCAAGGACUUCUACCCAGACCUCGAACGCCGUUACCAGCGACGACGAGGCCAAGGAACUUCCUCUUCAUCUGCUUCCAGAACACCGAGAACCUAUCUCCCGCCCGUCAAGCUCGAUGAUAACACCCGCAGCGCGCAACAGUCAAUCACCGGUCUCCCAACACCGCCCUUACCCGAAGGAAUCGAAGGCUGCAUAGGCAAUACGCCCCUCUUCAAGGUCAAGAGCUUGUCCGAAGCUACAGGAUGUACCAUCCUCGCCAAAGCCGAAUUCUUGAAUGGGGCUGGAGGAAGCCCCAAGGAUAGGGUUGCGCUCAACAUGAUCCGAAUGGCUGAGGAGGAGGGUUUGUUGGCUCCUGGGCGUGGGGAUACGAUCUAUGAGGGCACAGUGGGCAGUACGGGAAUCUCAUUAGCGACUCUGGCAAGGGCGUUGGGCUACAAGGCACACAUAUGCAUGCCGAAUGAUCAGAGCAAGGAAAAGUCGGAUCUGCUGCAUCAUCUGGGAGCUACUGUUGAGAGGGUCACACCUGCACCCAUUACGUCCACGGAACACUUCGUAAAUUUGGCUAGGAGGAGAGCGGCUGAACAUACUGCUUCCAAGGAAGAUGACAGUAAGGGGUUCUUUGCGGAUCAGUUCGAGUCGUUGGCGAACUACAGGGCGCACUUGAAGAGCACUGGACCCGAAAUAUGGGAACAGACUGGUGGGCAAAUUGACGCUUUUGUUGCUGGGGCUGGGACUGGAGGUACGGUCUCUGGGAUUGCAAAGUACUUGAAAGAGGAUAUGGGUAUGGGGAAUAACCUGAAGGUAGUCUUGGCUGACCCAGAGGGCAGCGGACUUUACAAUAAAGUGAAACAUGGAGUCAUGUUUUCGCCUACAGAGAAAGAGGGGACUAGGAGGAGACAACAGGUCGACACCAUUGUCGAAGGUAUUGGUAUCAAUCGGCUUACUGAAAAUUUCGACGCUGGAAGAGAGCUCAUCGAUGAUGCCGUGAAAGUCACGGAUUUGCAAGCACUCAAGAUGGCCAGAUGGCUAGUCGAGAAGGAUGGUGUAUUCGUGGGAAGCAGCAGUGCUGUCAAUUGCGUUGCGGCUGUUAUCACUGCACUCCAGAUGCAAGAGGACAGUCGAGUUGUCACUAUUCUUUGCGAUAGUGGUACGCGACACCUGAGCAAGUUCUGGAAGAAAGUCGAAGAGCUAGGCUUGGAAGAAGAGCACGAUCAAGCUGAUUUAUUGGCUCUACUUGGCAUCCAACCCGAGAGAUGA